AUGGCCACUGUAGCUGUUGGCACCUCUUCCACUAUACCAUCUAUUCAUCCAUUCCCACAGCAGCAGCAGAAGAAACAGGAACUCUUACCAAAUGAUCAACAUAUUGUCUUUUGGUCAUUUAUUGCGGGGGCAUUAACGGGUGGUAUUGAGGCCUUCUGCACAUAUCCAAUAGAGUACGUCAAGACGAAUCUGCAAUUACAGCAGCUUUCACAUGGUGUAUCAUUUUCUUCUUCUACUACUACUACUACUACUACUACUACUACUACUACUUCUUCUUCAAUGGCUGCACAGCCGCGUGUGUAUAGAGGAAUGUGGGACUGUGUGUGUACAACUGUGCGGAAUCAUAGUCCGAUGGGUCUUUAUCGUGGCUUUACGCCGGUACUUUUGGGUUCUAUUCCCAAACAGGCAUCUCGAUGGUCGGCGUAUGAGUGGGCCACAGAGACGGCCGCAACCUUCUUAACUAAUACUACUAAUACUACUAGUAAUACUAUUCACAACCGCAAUAUUACUUCUACUACGGAUGGGGCUACGAAUGUGGAUACGAUAAAACACAGAAAAAUAGCGAAGGAAAAAAAAAGUCAUACUGCAGGAUUGAGUUUAUCCAUCUUAAGUGUGUGUGGGUUUUUUGCAGGUUGUGUAGAGGCUGUAUGUGCGGUAGCCCCUGCGGAGAGUGUGAAGACGCGUUUAAUUCAAGAUGCCAAACGGCCGUCUCCUCAUUACAGUUCUCUCAGUACUAUACGUGCGGUUCAAUUAAUGCUGCAUGAGAAUGGUUUGCGUCGUACUUUCUACAGUGGUGUUGGUACUACUAUGUUAAAGCAGGGACUUAAUCAAGCUUUGCGAUUCCCUGUACAGAAGCUUUGUAUGGAUGUAUUUUGUUAUGGUCCCGCUGUGGGGAUUCCCUCUAUUCAUUCUAUCCAUAAUAAUAAUAAUAAUAAUAAUAAUAAUAAUAAUAGUGGUGAGUUUGUGAAGUCUUUAUCGUGGCAGUGUGAAGAGAGGCGGCGGAGUCCACUUUGGAAUGGAAUUGCCGGCUUUUGUGCGGGUGUUGUUUCUGUUGUGGUGACGCAGCCGGUGGAUGUUGUGAAGACACACCUGCAGUCGGGUAUGGUACUCCCACAUACCCUUCAUAAUAAUAAUAAUAAUAAUAAUAAUAAUAAUAAUAAUAAUAAUAAUAAUAAAAGUAUAAACAAGAGGAAUUCACUACACAGGAGUUGUUUUGGAUGUUAUCAGGCGAUUUACCGUGAGCGUGGAUUGGCCGGCUUUUACGCUGGUGUUGUGGCGCGGAGUGUACACGUUGGGGCUCACGUCGCCUUAACAUUCACCGUCUUUCCUGUUAUUAGACGGGCUGUGUUGGGCAACAGUUGUGUUUAA